CAGACUGAGAGCAGCGGCAGUGCCUGCGCUUAAGUCUAAACCCUGCAAUCUCUUAAAAGGGCGGAGGUGACCAUUCCGCCGGUCUUUUCAGCUGCUGUCUCUUCGCUUCCUAAAUUAACCACCUGCUAGGAUCUUGAGAGAUUUCAACACAAAAAGGAAGGCUUGCCAACAACAACAGAACCAUUCCAGUAAAGGUGUUACUUUGGAAGUGUUUAAAACUGACAAAUAACAAAAAUGAAGGGGUUACUCUUUCUGACGCAAACGCUGAGCAGCCUCCUACUCCUCUUCAGCGUUACUGAUGUACAGAAUGUGAGCGCUAAAAUGAAUAUUCCCAGACUUCGGCUAUCCUACAAAGAUCUCUUGGCAGCCAAUCGAUCAGUCGUGUUCUUCGGUCAUCGUGGUUUCCUGGAUUUCCGCUCAAUGUUCCUCGAUGAGUACCACGACCGCCUUUUCAUUGGAGCCAAAGAUACCUUGUACUCCCUCCAGCUGGACCAGGCAAAUAUUGGUGCCCAAGAGAUUUACUGGCCGGCUUUGCCUGGCCAGGAAGAGGAAUGUGCCCUCAAGGGGAAAGACCCAUUUAGCGAAUGUGCCAACUACGUGCGGGUACUGCACCCAUAUAACCGAACCCACCUGCUGGCCUGUGGAACUGGGGCCUUCCAGCCACUGUGUGCCCUGGUGUACGUGGGGCACAGAGGAGAGCAUGCUUUCAGGAUGGAGGUGAACAGCAUACAAAACGGCCGUGGCAAAUGUCCACAUGACCCAAACCGACCUUUUGCAAGCACCUUCAUUGGUGAGGAGCUGUAUUCUGGACUGACGGCCGAUUUCUUAGGAAGGGACCCCAUCAUCUUCCGCAGCCUGGGGUCUCGAUCCACCAUGAGGACAGAACUCGACCAGCGCUUGUUGCAAGACCCCAAGUUUGUGGCCGCGCACCUCAUUCCGGACAAUGUUGACCGUGACAAUGACAAGGUUUACUUCUUCUUCACUGAGAAGGCCAUGGAGUCAGAGGGCAAAGUUCGAGCAAUCUACAGCCGCAUUGGACGCAUUUGCGCCAAUGACGCAGGAGGACAAAGGGCGCUAGUAAACAAAUGGAGCACAUUUGUCAAAGCCAGGCUGAUAUGUUCUGUUCCAGGACCUGAUGGUAUAGACACGUACUUUGAUGAGCUUGAGGAUGUGUUUCUACUGAGAACGAAUGAUGAAAAGAAUCCUGAAAUUUAUGCCCUGUUUAGUACAAUAAGCAAUGUAUUCCAAGGCUACGCUGUUUGUGUCUAUCGUAUGGCUGAUCUACGAGAGGUGUUCAAUGGGCCGUAUGCUCACAAGGAAGGACCUGACUAUCAGUGGACUGCUUAUGAGGGCAAAGUACCCUAUCCCAGACCUGGAUCUUGUCCCAGUAAGAUCACCACGCAGCCCAGCCGGAUGUACACCAGCACCAAGGAUUACCCUGAUGAUGUGCUCCAUUUCGCUCGCAGCCACCCUCUAAUGUUCCAGUCGGUGUACCCUAUCAAUCAGCACCCAGUGCUCAUUAAAGCCAACGUCCAGUACAAGAUGACACAGAUUGUGGUGGACCGGGUAGAGGCCGAAGAUGGGCAGUACGAUGUCAUGUUCAUUGGAACAGAUACUGGGGUAGUCCUGAAGACAAUUGCCCUGCGGAAGGGUAAUGCAGUACAGAGUGAGGAAGUUAUCCUUGAAGAACUCCAGGUGUUUAAGAUUCCGAAUCCUAUCACAUCCAUGGAGAUCUCAGUGAAAAGGCAGCAGCUGUACAUUGGCUCAAGGGUCGGGGUCGCCCAGGUGAAGCUCCAUCAGUGUGAGACUUACGGCAAUGCAUGUGCUGAGUGCUGCCUCGCCAGAGACCCCUACUGUGCUUGGGAUGGAAGCUCCUGUACCAGAUACCAGCCAGCUGCUAAAAGACGUUUCCGAAGACAAGAUAUUUGGAACGGGAACCCGAUUCACCAGUGUCUGGAUCAGAGUCUGAUUGUAGAAGAGUUUGAUAGUGCGGAGGAGAGUGUAGUGUAUGGCACUGAACACAACAGCACCUUUCUUGAAUGCAUCCCAAAGUCUCUUCAGGCCACUGUCAAAUGGUUCAUACAGCGAGCUGUGGACGAUAUGAAAGAUGAGGUGAAAACCGAUGACAGGGUCCUCAAAACAGAGCACGGACUCUUAUUCCGAAGGAUAUACCGAAUGGACGAGGGAAUGUACUACUGCAAAACGUUGGAGCACGGCUUCACCCAGACGGUGAGAAAGAUCUCGCUGGAGGUGAUCGAGAGCGAGCAACUCGACGAGAUCUUCGGCCGCGACGAUGAGGAGCACGCUAACCGCCCGUGUGUCACACAGCCCCGCCGACUGCACAGCCAGAAGCCGUGGUUCAAGGACAUCAUGCAGCUGAUCGGCUACUCAAACCUGCACCGCGUGGAGGAGUACUGCGAGCGGGUCUGGUGCAAUGAGAAGCAGCGGAAGAAGCGCAAGAUGAUGGUGAACAAGUGGAAGUACGUGGGGGAAGGGGGUCGGCGAGCUAAGAGCAAGCCACGUAACAGGACACCCAGACACAUCCCGGCCGACACAUAAGGUCUGCCUGAACUCUGCCCGGGUGGUUAGGUAGGACAGAGCCCAAGAAUGUUUACUACAGACGAAACCACCCAAGUAACUUUUCAAAAAUGGACUUUUCUCAAUCGAGGCUGUGAACCACAUGGCUGGACAUUUUGGGAGAGAGGAUAAUCUCAGUCAACAAAAAAACCAAAGAUCCCCCGCCCCGCCAAAUUCUCACCUCCAUUUCUAACCCUCAUCAAAUAUUCUUUUGAUUUUAGAGCUUAUUGUGCCAUAGCAUUGACCUUGUUGGUUUCGUAAAUAAACCGUACUGUAAUGUCAAGCUCUGCAUAUUUAUAACUGUUAUUUAAUGACUCCCUGGAAUUGCUGAAUGUUCAGUUUAAGAGCAAAGGAACCUGCUAUAUUUGAGCAGAAACCAUAAAAACUAAUGGACCAAGGAAUGGUUACAGUUCAGUGUUUCCCAACUUGUUCAACCAUUGGCCUGUAAGAUGUUGCUCACAUAAGCAGGGCCAGAUAUAUGAUACCUUCACUCAGAGUUGUGUGGUUGACCCAGGGAAGUCGUCUCUACGGUCAUAUAUCACAGUGUGCGUAAAAGUGCCUGAGCAAAACCUGACAUCCCACUGUACCACAGCAAGAUACAAUUCUUUAUAAUUGCUACAUGCCUUAAUGACCAAUUGAUGCAGUGUUUCUGGGCUAUUCCAGAAGAUGAUUUCAUCCCUUGAGAUUUUUAGGAGUUAAUGCUUUAGUUUUGUUUGAGAGGGAAUUGAGCAAACCAGAUUAACUAAUUCAUGAAAAUUGCUUUAAGAGCUAGGCGCAGCCUGUGAUUAUGUUUUUGUGAACCCCUGCUCCAGGGAAUAGGUGUUUUCCAGGAGGUGAAUUCUGAAUUUUGAUGGGUGAAUUAUGAGGUAAAAUUGCCAUAAGACUACCAAAACCUAGGGCCGGUCUCUCAUUGGGAGAGAUGACUGGUGGUGAUUUAACAUGAGGCUGUCCACAUUUCAGACAAGGUAAUCAGGUGAGGGUUGACCGUGGUGAUACAGAUAAUUAACCUGUGAUGUUGAUAUCACUGUGCAUCGCAAAAAAGUCAUCCAGCCCACUGAGCUAACCAACUCCCACAUGCAUUGUAUAGAAUUGUAUUGGAUGGCUGUUUUCAGAUCACUGUGUUCCAAUGUGUAUAUCCCACAGGGUGUAAUCUACUGAGUGUAAUCCAAUGGGUGGUAUUCUGAUUGGUGUAUUCUGAUGGAUGUAUUCCAAUGGGUCUAUUUUCCGAUAGGUGAUUCUGAUGGGUGUAUUCUGAUUGGUGUAAUCCAAUGGUGCAUUCCAAUGGGUAUUAUCCAACGGGUGUAAUGCGAUGGGUAUAUUUCAAUGGAAGCAUUCCAAUAGGUGUAUUCUCAUGGAAAUAUUCUGAUGAAGGGUGUAAACCAAUGGGAGUAUUCUGAUGAGUGCAAUCUGAUGGGUAUAAUGCAAUGGGUGUAUUCCGAUGGGUAUAAUUCAAUGGGGAUAUUCCAAUGAGCAUAUUUCAAUGGGAGUCCUCCGUUAGGUGUAUUCUGAUAGGUGUAUUCCAAAGGGAGUAUUCCGAUGGCAGUAUUUUGACAGGUGUAAUGUGAUGGGCAUAUUCCUAUAGGAGUAUCCUGAUGGAUGCCUGGCUGUGAUGUUUCAUUUACAGGAAAUCCUGGUUUGACUGUCACUGUCCAAACAUUACCUAUGGCUGAGCUUGGUUGUAUUCAUUCUGGUUAAUUGUUGACUUAAUAUGUGAUUAAGUUGUAAAUAGGCAACUGAGCAUUCAGAAAUAACAUUUCUCUGAAGGUAUGGAAAGAAAAAUGAGUGUGCAAUUCUACUCUGAAUACAGUAAAUCUCUGUUUGGAUUGUGUAUCAACUUCUGACCCUGGGAAUUAACAACACUUGAUAAUUCACAAUGAACUUUUCAAUGAAGGCCUUGUUACAUGUUACACAUGGGGUUAAUCUCCCAGCAGCCUCAGCAUCAGUGAGGGCAAUGGGGGAACAACUGGAAAUCAGAGAACCUGCCCUUGCCUCUGGCCACCUCGCCCCCUUCCCCCACCCCCCCCCCACCCCCAGCCUUUACCUCUGCCUACCCUUGACGCACAAGGCCCACAUCCAUUUGUGGGCCUCCAGAAUCUGUAUCUGGACUGCCAGCAGCCACUGUGCACCCCCACCUCCCCAUUGGUACUGGCAGCAAUACAUAGCUGUCCGUCUCUAACUGACUGACAGCUCCUGGCAUCAGGUCUUCCAUCACGGUGGGACCUCCAUCGUGGAAAGGGCCUCUAGGUGACCAUUUCAGUGCCUGAAGGACAUCUGAUUCCAUCAGACCUCACCCACACAACUAAUGAGAUUCCCCACUGCUUCCCCAGUCAGUCAGAAACACACCCAUUAGUCCUUAAUAUUCUAGAAUAUAGUUCCUGACAAGUGGUAAAAGCUGAUUCACACUAACUCUCUAAGGGGAUUUAGAGAAAAAUAAUUUAUAGGACUACGGGGAGAGAGCAGGAUUGUGGGACUAAUUGGAUAGCUGUGCCCAGCAUGAGUGUAAUGGGCUGGAUGGCCUCUUGUCAUGCUGUUUCAUUCUUUAAUUCUAUACAUUAUAAAGAAAGCAGACAGUAGAUAUCAGGCCUGCAAUCCCUGAUACUGCCAACACAAUGAAUAGAGAUAAGCAAUAGAUGGUGGUCCAGCCAUGACCUGUCAAAGAUGUGGCAUGAUGUUCUCAGUGGUUAGCACUGGUGCUUCAUAGCACCCAGGACCCAGCUUCAAUUCCAGUCUCAGGUGACUGUCUGUCUGUGUGGAGUUUGCACAUUCUCCCCGUGCCUGUGUAGCUUUCCCCUGGGUGCUCUUGUUUCCUCCCACAGUCCAAAAUGUGCAGGCUGGGUGGAUUGGCCAUACUAAAUUGCCUGUAGUGUCCAGAGAUGAGCAGGCUAGGUGGUUUAGCCAUGGGAGAUGCAGGGUCACAGAUUAUAGGUUGUGGAGGUGUGAGUCUGGGUGAGAUGCUAUUUGGAGGGGCGGUGUAGUACUCAAAGGGCUGGAUGCACGCUGUGGCAAUUCAGUGAUGUUAUGAAUGCAUAUUAAGAAAAGACAAACAGCUGUCAGGGGAGUGAACCAACAGCCCCAAACUAAUUCAUAUCACAUGUGACUCCGAGCACCAACAUGUGGCUGCCUCCUAACACCCUAGGAAUAGGUGGCAUGGAAAAACAUUGCCCACAUCCCUUGAAAGAAUUCACAUUGAAGAAAACUGAUCACAUUUGAAAUACUCCAGUCACCCACAGGUAUUCUUGACAGAUUUGGGGUUCCUUCGGGGAUGGGCAAGCACAUACAAGUUUAAGCAAGACAAAAUCAUCAUUCUCAACUCCAUAUAACCUGGACCGCUUGAGAUCUUGUUGACCUCAGAGGCUUAUAUUCUUUUGUCCAUAUUAAACAGAACAGUUUUAGCCAUUUUGUAUUGUAUAACUGUAAUAUGAGAGGAUUCAUCCAACUGUACUGCCCAGCAAUCAGUCUCAUUAACAACAACACCUAUUAGAAAACUGUCUCAAUGGCUAAUCCAGUGCACAACUUGCAAUUCAGAGAGGUGCCAUUUAUUGGGGAGAGCAAUUGCAGGAGGUACAGUAUAUCAGUGUUACAGUGAGGAGUGGUGCAUCAGAGUGUGCUACAGUGAGAAGUAGUGCAUCAGAGUGUGUUACAGAAAGAAGUGGUGCAUCAGAGUGUGUUACAGUGAGAAGUGGUAUAUCAGAGUGUGUUACAGUGAGGAGUGGUAUAUCAGAGUGUGUUACAGACUGGAGGGUGCAUCAGAGACUGUAAGAGAGAGGACUGGUAUUUCAGUUUUAAGCAGGAUACAUUAGUGUAUUAUAUCAGAUUAUUUCAGUGUCAUAGUGAGUUUUGAUAUAUCAGACAGCUUUGUAGUGAGGUAUAUCAAAGAGUGUGCAUUGAGGAAUGAAUAUCAGAGAUUAUGGUAUUUUGGACAAUAUUACAAUGAAAGUGGAGUGUUAAACAGUUUUACAGUGAAGUCCAGUAUAUCAGAGGCGCACUUAUAUCGUGGUACAGUUUUUCAGGGAAGAUUAUAGUGAGGAGUGGUUCAUCAGACUGUCACAGUGAGAUACAAUGCAUCAAAGAACCAGUGAUACAGUGAGAGGUCACUCAAAGAAGUACUGCCAAUAUAAAAUUCACUUCGAUCUUGCAACUCGAGCUGAUGGGUUCUCAGCAACUGUUUAUUCCAACAUGAGGACUACUAUUUGGACAGAUAAAAACAAAAAGGAAAGUCAGAUGCAUGUCUCACAUUAUCAUGACCACCAUUCAGGAACAGGUGCCCAAAGCUUUGGUUCAGCCACAGUGACUGUGCUAAGCAGCCCUGGUAAUCCGCUUGCUUUCUUUAACAGUUGUUUCAUGGAGCUUUGAACCCAGUUACAAUUUGUAAAAUAAUGUAUAUAAUUACAUUUAGGUAUGUUGUACAGGAUUAGGUUGUAUUUUUACCCACAAUACAUUUUCUCCAAAAAACUUAUAUGUUUCAAGUUAUACUUUUGAACUGUCUCAACGUUUGGAGUUUGUAUGCAGGGACGGAUUAAAUAUAAUUACUGUUUUGGUUUUCUUUAAAAACAAAUUAAUUAUGACGACGUACACUUGUAACUGAAGAAAAGCUGCUUGAUUUUCAUAAAUGCACAGAUUUUUAACAUUGGCCAAAGGGUCUGUUUCCGUGCUGUACAGCUCUAUGACUUUGUGAUCUGCAUGAGGUAUUCAUGUGCUUCAAAAUGAAUGUGGGGUUUUGGGUGGAAGCGUACAAUGCUCACAUGUUUGGACACUAGCCCACAGUUAAACUCACCAUCACGGUGCCCAUAACCAAGUACAGAUUUAAUAUGCUCAUUGAUUUCUAGUGUAUGAAUGUUGAAUGGUGGAACAGGCUUGAGGGGGCUGAAUGAUCGUCUCCUGUUCCAAUGUAUGACCAUUCUAUUGGAUAAGAUUGUUAUACUGUGCAAUUAAAUUCCACAGUGUCAAAAGAUGUGGAAAAACAGGUGAGACUGACAUUCCUGGUUCUUGUUUUACUGUUUGUUGCAAAUUUGCUCUGUCUUGAGGUAAACUCAUUUGUUUCAUUGGCGUUUAAAGGGAAUUUACUUUUCCACUGGACUGUAAGUCAUAGAUAGAUCAAAUCUCAAGAUCACAGAGAUUCUGCAGCUUCAAAAAUUUCAAGUUAGUGAUGUAGAGUUGUGUUAAAAAGAACUCCGUAUUUAAUCAGUUUAUGUAUUCUUUAGAUGUAAUUUUUACUUUUUUUAAUGUAUAUUUAUACUCUUUCAUUUAAAUAAAAUUUCAGGCCUACUAGAGUGUAA